AUGGCCAAACUACUCUCGGUGGUGUUGCUACUCACUAUAUCCACCGUCUUCGCCCUCCCAUCCGGAAAUACCAAUCCCAAUCCCAAUCCCUCCACUCCACCAACACACCCCUCCCCCAACCCCCCAGUCUACAACAACCACACAACCUGGAUCCCCGGUCCAACCCACGGAACCGACGCCCUCGCCCUCCAGGGCCUCGCAAACCUCAAACUCCACAAAGCCACCCACGCCUCCAACUCCACCUGCACAUUAGAGAAUGCCCACCGCCGCAAAGAAUGGGACUCCUUCACCCGCGCCCAAAAACUCGCCUACAUCGCCGCCGUAAAAUGCAUGACCACCAAGCCUUCCAUCAGCGGAGAUCUCGUCCCCGGAGCACGUAGUCGCCUCGACGACUUCGUCGGCACGCACGUCAACCAAACGCUGCGAAUCCACACGACAGGCAACUUCCUCUCCUGGCACCGCUACUUCCUCUAUACCUACGAAACCGCCCUCCGCUCCGAGUGCAACUACACCGGCUACCAACCUUACGCCUCCUGGGGUCGGUACACAAAUUCCGUCAUCAACUCCCCCCUCUUCGACGGCUCGGAGACGUCGAUUAGUGGGAAUGGAGUGUACAAAGCUCACCCACCCAUCAUCAUCGGCCCAGCCGGUCCCGACGCUUUAUCCCUCACCCCCGGCGUCGGAGGGGGUUGUAUCACCACCGGCCCCUUCGCCAACACGACCGUCAACCUCGGACCAGGCGGUCUAACCGGAAUCAACGACACAGCGCCGAAUCCGAGGGCGGACGGCUUCGGGUAUAAUCCCAGGUGUCUGAGGAGGGACUUGAGUGUUCAAUCGGCGAGUGGGGCGAGCGACGCGAACACGACGAAAUUGAUCAUGGGCAAUGAUGACAUCGCCGGGUUUCAGAAUGAGAUGCAAGGCUUGUUCGCUCCCGGAGAAAAACCGUUUUAUGGUGUCCAUUCGGGAGGCCACUUCAUGGUUGGGGGAGAUCCGGGUGGGGAUUUUUAUACCAGUCCGGGAGACAUGUGGUUCUUCUUCCACCACGCCAUGAUUGAUCGUGUCUGGUGGACGUGGCAGAACAUGGACAUCCCGACUCGGACGAAUUCCAUCGCGGGGACGAUAACGUUUUUGAAUGAGCCGCCGAGCCGAAAUGCGACGUUGGAGGAUGUCAUCGAUUUGGGCGUGAAUGAUGGGUUUCGAGGGAUGAGGAUUCGGGAGGCGAUGAGUACGACUGAGGGGCCGUUUUGUUAUGUUUAUGAGUGAUUCGUUGAGUGAGUGAGUGAGGGGGAUGGCACGAUAUCGACAGAUGGCGUUUGCUGCGAUUUGAUGGAGAACCUUCGGGAUUCGCGUGGAGUCGUUGGUUGGAUGUAUGUCUUGCUGUUUGCUUUGGCGGGAG